UAACUCUCCUGCUCUCUCCUUAUCCGCCCUGAGCCAAUUUCGCCGCUCGUCACCGACGAGCUAUUUCGCGCGACGGAAUUACGGCAAAUUACGACAGUUGUUACAAGCGGUUAGAAGAGGAGAGCGCUAUCAUUCCCCUUACCGUAAAUUUGACAACCCCCUUGCCAAAGAAUCCACUCCGUCCAUAGAUUCUUAGGUCCAUGGAAUACUUACAUCUUAUAGUGCCUUCCCCAUGGUAGCCACUGUGUUCUUCCUGGAAAACGCACAUUAAAUGAACGUAUCGACUAACUAUUAAUACGUUCAUUACCUAUAAAUAUAUAAAUUCAAAAAUAAAAAAAGUUGAUAAAUUACAGUCAAUGUAUUUAUUACGAAAGUUGUCAAGCAAAUAGGUGCAUCGAACACUUGUCGAAAUAGGCUCGACUGUAGAAGAUAACAAAAAUUCUAAAUAAUUUCACAGUGUAGUUCGCGCCGCGAACGAAAACGACAAGCAUAUGCACGCAUAUUAUCGACUGCGCUUGUGAAAAUAUCAUACUUACGAUCGUAUAUGAAAUUAAUGAAUCAGGCAGACAGAAGGAUGUGAUUAUGCGAAUAACACACAAGUAUGUCGAGAACGCGCCGUUCUGGAAAUUGGAGGUAAGGUGAUUUUGCGUAGUUUUAUUGCAUUUCAACAAGUAAAAUACAAUACGGAUACGAGUAAAAAAAUAUCGACGCUGCGCCAAAAUAUUUUUUAACAGCGGCGCGAAGUCUAAUCUGUCAUACGAUCGAGUGCCUUCACGAUAGCGAUCGACAGUAUGUCUUUCGUGAUGCUGAAUAGACACAGCAAGAAAUAAAAUGUCACCAUUCAGGAGAAAAAAGUCUGGGAGAUCUUUUCCCGUCAAAGUCUGCACUUUGGAUGCAGAACUCGAAUUUAAUUUAGAGUGGAGAUCGACAGGCAGAGACUUGUUUGACCUGGUGUGCCGCACGAUAGGACUGAGAGAAACAUGGUAUUUUGGACUUCAAUACGAAGAUGCAAAAGGCUUUAUUUCUUGGUUAAAAUUAGACAAAAAAGUUCAGGAUCAAGGCAUUUCACAGCAACCAACGACAUCAUUCAUGUUCUUAGCAAAAUUUUAUCCCGAGGAUGUAGCUGAAGAACUUGUACAAGAGGUUACUCAACAUCUGUUCUUUUUACAAGUAAAGCAAGCUAUAUUGUCCAUGGAUAUUUAUUGCCCACCUGAAGCUUCCGUAUUACUUGCUUCUUAUGCUGUUCAAGCAAAGUAUGGCGAUUAUGAUGAAGUUUCAUAUCGCCCUGGAAUGCUUGCCAGUGAGGACUUACUUCCACAGAGAGUAAUAGAUCAGUAUCAAAUGACUCCAGAAAUGUGGGAAGAUAGGAUAAAAAUUUGGUACGCCGAUCAUCGUGGCAUGUCUCGAGAUGAAGCAGAAAUGGAAUAUCUUAAGAUUGCUCAGGAUCUCGAUAUGUAUGGUGUGAACUAUUUUCCUAUUAGUAAUAAGAAAGAAACAGAUCUUUGGCUUGGAGUAACAGCAUUGGGAUUGAAUAUUUAUGAAAAGGAGAAUAAAUUGGCACCGAAGACUACCUUUACAUGGUCGGAAAUUCGUCAUAUUAGUUUCGACGACAAGAAAUUCAUAAUCAAGCCUGUGGAGAAAACAUCACCAAACUUCAUGUUCUUCUCGCAGAAAACUCGCAUGAACAAACUGGUAAAGAAACAGUCAGAUGUUGGCAGCUGGGUGAGGGGCUUGAUAGCUUUAAAAUUGAACGAACAUAAUAGCGACACAGCUGCUCAUAUAUUAUUUGUUAAGAUCCUAGAUCUGUGUAUUGGAAAUCAUGAUCUAUUUAUGAGGAGACGUAAACCGGAUUCCAUGGAAGUGCAACAAAUGAAAGCACAAGCCAAGGAAGAAAAAUCCAGGAGGCAAAUUGAAAGAAACAAAUUAGCACGUGAAAAACAAUUAAGAGAAGCAGCGGAAAGGGAAAAGGCUGCGAUGGAACAGCGACUUUUACAAUAUCAGGAAGAGAUACGAUUAGCGAAUGAAGCUCUUAGAAGGUCUGAAGAGACGGCAGAUCUCUUAGCUGAGAAAAGUCGCGUAGCAGAAGAAGAAGCAAUGCUCUUAAGUCAAAAAGCAUCGGAAGCUGAACAAGAAAUUACGCGUAUACGGCUGAAUAACAUGAAGACUGAAGAAGAAAAGGUUCAUUUAGAACGUAAAACUAGAGAGGCUGAAUUAUUAACAGAAAGAUUAGUCCAAGAAUCGGAACGUAGAGCUGCUGAAGCUGAAAAAUUGAAGGACGAAUUAUUACGUGCAAGAAUUGCCGAGAAAGAAGCUAAGGAAAAAUUAUUAGAAUUCUUAAGUAGAAAUGCCUACACUGCUACCAUAACUCCUGUGCCAAAUCUAUUUCCCUCUACGCAAGUGCUUCCCUCAGAUUUACAAGCAGAUCUUCAGACUUUACAACUAGAACCUUUACACACAGAACCACUACCACCUGAUUUAACAUCCUAUGAUCUUAUUGGCGACGGAGAUGUCGAUCAACUUUCAUUAGAGAUUGAAAGGGAAAGAAGUGAUUAUUUGGAGAAGAGUAAACAUUUGCAGGAACAACUACGAGAAUUACGUUCCGAAAUUGAAGGCCUAAAAGUCGGUGAAAAGCAGUGCGAAUUGGAUCAAUUACACGAAGAGCAAGUUCGACUUGGCGAGAAUAAAUACAGCACGCUGAAAAAAGUAAAGUCUGGAUCCACUAAAGCUAGAGUCGCCUUCUUUGAGGAGUUAUAAUUAAGUAUUAACAAACUUGUAUUAACAGGAUAUUAGUAAAAUUCAAUUAAUAAUAAAAAUAAGAAAAUUACAGAUAUACACGUGCUGAAACAUACACACACAAAGAGAGAAAUGGGAAUAUUUACAGAUUAUUACACAUUAUAAAAUACUCAGUGUAUUAUUCAUCACUGUGCUAUUACAUGAUAUUUCAUUUCUUAAUUAGAUUGUAUCAAAUUUUUUAACAAAUUUGAAAUCUUAUAAAAUGUCCAAUGGAGUUUUACAUAUUGAAUAUAGAAAAUCAUAGAUUUGUUCUUUGUUGCUGUAUUGAACUGUAAAAUUUUUUUUCUUGUUUCCGUCAAACUUCAAAUAUAUUUAUUUUAAAAAUAAGUGUACACAAUAAGUGCAUACUAGUUCAAUUACAAAGAACAGAUAUAUUACAGAUAACAAAACAUUUUAUUGUAAAUAUACAAACAAAAAAAUAUCUGAUAACUGAAUCAGAGAACUAAAUUUAAAAUUUUACUUCUUGAAGAACUAUUCUUGCCACUAAAUUAUUUUUACAAUUAAUAUUUUACCACUCUAAUAAUGUUAUACUAAUUUUAUCAAUUUUAAGUGUUCUUUAUAAUAAAAAGUUUCACUUUUUUAAAUCUUACUAAUUCAGAAAUGGAACAUUCCGUAUAUACAAAACGUGUACAUUUUACAUUAUUAUGUUACAAAACAGUACAUAAACUACAUACAUACAAAUAUUCAAUUAAUUCGCAUAUAAAUAAAUACUAUAUAUUUGCAAAA